CCGCCUGUAGCUUAGGACGUCCUCAGCAUCCGAAUCGCUUACAGCGAGAAGCAAUGAUCCUCUCAUCUUUUGCUGGAAUUAUAAUGAGCAGACUACCAGUGGAGAAAAUCCUGGCUCUGUACAGAUGUAAGCCAGUUGUUUUUUUACCCAGCCAUCAGUCUAAGGGGUCAAUUGUAUGCCCUCUCACUUUGUCCUACCAUCCAUUUGCCAUGCUCAGAUCUUACAAAGCUGUACAACAUGCCAAGAGACACAAUCAGAAGCUGAAAAGAUGGCUGUCUGAGCAGGCAAAAGCGAGAGUCCCAAAGGGACCCGUUCCUCCACCAUCCUCAUCUCCGUCUUUGCCUGAGUCCUUUCUCAGCGAAAGCAGUGGUUUUCACCAGGAAGCAGCUGAGCACUAUGAGGGCUCCCAACAGAACUGAUGUAACUGAGUCAGACAUGUAGAACCACUUCACUUACACACAUGUGGACCCCAGCUCACAGUUUUUUCUAUGGAACUAUGUUUAAGGCUUUGUUAUGGUAACUCCAAAACAUUUACUUUCUUGUCCUUAAGGCAGAAUGUAAGUAAUGCAGAUGAAUGUUUGGAGUUAUCAGUUUCCAUCCAAGUGUUAGCAUCCUGGCUAACGUCUUUAGAUCUUAUGUUCUCCAUAACGUUGUUUUCUCCUGACCCCGUCCACUGUGUGAAGUGCUCCAGUCCCUCCACAACAUCAUGCUGCCACUUCAUACUUUGCAUUUGAGUUCUUUCAAACUUCCCCCAAUUAUUUCUUCACAUGUAAAAAUUGUUUACAUGUGAAACACUCCAAACACUUUAAUUUUAGAUUUGUUCAAUGAGAGGACAAACCCAAAAAGAAUUAAGAUCUUUGACUAUUGCAUUUAGCUUUGAUAUUUUAGUCUAUAAGAAGCAUACAAAGCCAUGACAUCAACAUUUUGUCUUUCCCCAACUGCUUAAAGUAGCUGUUUAGUCAGAUUCAGUGUUGAUCAAUAAGAAAAAUGUCCAAUAAAAUAUAUUGGAGCCAAACUUACAUCUACCAUGUGUGGUCUAAUGGAAGGUUAACAUAACAUGUUUAAACUUAUUCUAUGUAGAGCAAAGAACAAACAGUGUUGUAUUGACAGGAACUUUCUGAUAUCAUGUCACCAAAGUCACAUUUUCCACCAGCUGCACAGUUGUUGUUGACCUCUGGCAUGUUCCCCAACAAAGACUAAACUCCUCUGUGUUGGAUGGGUGGAUAAAACGUGUUCCUGAUGUUGAUAUCAAUAAAGAGGGCAGAGUUGGUCAGUAAUUCGCCUGCUAGGAAUUUUGUCCUGAUGAUUCAGGGAUUUUGGUUCUAUGGCCUGGAUCAAGAUUUUUGGCAGUGGUUCCAGCUCAUUAAAUCCCCGCUCACUGAAAAAAACAGCUAAAGCGGGAUCUGAGGUUUAUAUAGCAGGGCUCUGCUCCUGCUUUGUGAGACCACCAUAUUCCGCUGGUGACCGGCUCCAGCACUCUUUUCAGGAUGAGCAGUAAGAUUAUAUUCUACGAGGACCGGAACUUUCAGGGCCGCUCAUAUGAGUGUGAUUCCGACUGCCCUGACAUGAACCCACACUUUACCCGCUGCAACUCCAUCAAGGUGGAGAGUGGCUGCUGGGUGCUCUACGAGAAGCCCAACUACAGCGGCUACCAGUAUGUCCUGACCAGAGGAGAGUACCCUGACAAGCAGCGCUGGAUGGGCUACACCGACACCAUCCGCUCCUGCCGAACCUUCUCCUAUACCAGCGAGGGCCCCUACCGCAUCCGUAUCUACGAGCGGCCCAACUUCCAAGGUCAGAUGAUGGAGUUCAGCGAGGACUGCGAGUCGGUGCAGGAGCACUUCCGCAGCCGAGACAUCUACUCCUGCAAAGUCUUGGACGGCUACUGGACCCUCUACGAACACCCAAGCUUCCGUGGCCGGCAGUACUUCAUGAGUCCUGGCGAGUACCGCAAGUUCAAUGACUGGGGGGCCACCUGCGCCACCACCGGCUCUUUCCGCAGGAUCACAGAGUUUUAAUCCUUUCAGUUACUGAUACGAACAACAAGAUGCGCCAAGAGCUGACCUGACAAAGCUGCUGGAUGCUGUUAGAAAAAAAUUAAUAAAAUGAGUUGCUGUAAAGGAUUUUCUUGUCGAUGGUGAAUAAAUGUCUCAAUAUUA